AUGGGCCAAAGUGUUUCGACCUCAUGGCUUUCGGCCCCUUUGGCCAAAGAGCUGCUGGAGGAGCUGCGACAGUUUUCCUUGCAGGCACCCGGCAGCUUUUGGGACGGCCCCGUGUCAGCACGCUUUCGGUGGGCGGUGAACAUCAACGACUGGAAGCCCCGCGGAGGAUCCGAUGGCGAGGAAUUCCGAUUAAUGUUGUCGUUGUUGAAGCCUGAAGAGCAAGAAUCGAUCAUGUCGUACAGAGCUUUGCCAGACCGCAAGCGAACUUUGCUGGGUCGUCUGCUGGGGCUGAGGGCAUGUGCCCAGGCCUUGGGCCAAUCAGACUUUGCUGGUAUCCAAAUUGGCCGCACAAAGGGAAAGAAGCCUUUUCUGCUGUCGCCAUUGCCGACAACAUUGCCGAAUUUCAACUUCAAUGUUUCCCACGACGGUAAUUGGGUCGUCUUAGCAAGCGACCCCAUCUUCCUUGUUGGUGCUGAUGUUUCCGCACCGCAGCAAGAGCGCGGAGAGCGAGAGGACGAGACUUGGUACCAGGACUUGCAGGCCGUGCUGACUGACGCAGAGCGGGAGUGCAUCAAGAGCAGUUCGAGCGCAGUGCGAUACGCCACCUUCCAGCGGAUUUGGUCUGCGAAAGAGGCCGUGUCCAAGGCAGUUGGACAGGGGCUGGCAUUCGGGCUUGAACGGAUGGAGGUGCAGCUGCCUGGAGCCCAUCAAGAGAACUUGGGUAACUUGGUUCUCACGGCGCUGGGGAUCACAAGGUCCGAGACAACGGAGCCCACCGCCAAAAAAGGUCGGAUAAAGUUUUCGUCUCUUCUGGACAGCCUGCAGAGCAAAAGCGGCUCAGGCCCCGAGCAAGGGCCGGCCGCGACCCGAGAGGAGAAAGCAGAAGCGGUGCCGACGCUGAUGCAGCGAGUGGAAAUUCAUAUUGACGGCUGGCCUCGUGCAGACUGGACGGUGUACCAAGAGGAGCUUCGGGGAUCCUGGAUCUCCAUGGCGAUUGGUCCGGUGGACGAGGCAGUCGAUGCAAAUGGGACCUUCCGGGCUACCUUCAGACUACCUGGGCUGGGUGGACCUUCGGACCUCGAGGCCCUGCAAGGCAAGUUGGAUGUGCAGCCGACCUCCGCCAGCGCUGGCCCCUGGAUUCCGCACGACAAAGGAUUCCAGAUCCUCCCGGUGGAAGCUCUCCUUCCGCAGGAGGCGAAGGAGCAGCUCGCAAUCCUCCGGGGUCGAGACGUGGCACUGGCAGCAGGGGUGUGA